UCUCUCCUUCUCCUCUCUCUCUCCCGGUCCCCCCCCCCGGCCCCCUCUCCUUCUCCUUCUCUCUCUCUCUCUCUCUCCUUUUCUCCCUUUCUCGCUCCCUCUCUUUCUGGACUGACGAGGCAAGGCAGGUCACGCUUCGAGAGGCGUGAAGGAAAAGGAAGAAGUGGCUUCCCCCGACUGACAACAUUUAUUGAUCGGCAACGUCGGGCAAGCAAGUUGCGGGGACCCGAUCGGCGGGAGAUCGCCCCUCAGCCUCGUUUCUUCCGCUCUGGAAGGAGCCUAGAAAUCAUCAUGGGGAAUCAAGUUCGAAAACAGGAUCAAAUUACUGAGAAGGCAAAGAAUACUAAUGCAAAUGCUGAGGAGGCUGAACAUAAGGAUAGCUCCAAAGCAAUCCCGUUAACCCAGGAGCCUUCAGAAGACAAUGAAGUUUUUGGAGAGGCAGAUGUGAACCAGAACAAUGGGACCUCCACUAAGAGCAGAGCGGUGACAGACUCCAAGGGCACAGCGGAUCCAAAGAAUGCCUGGAAGGAAGCCAACCCAGCUGACACAACUGGUCGCCCCCAUUUGGUCCGCCUCUUUUCCCGAGAUGCCCCAGGCAGAGAAGACAACACCUUCAAAGAUCGGCCCUCUGAAUCAGAUGAGCUGCAGACCAUUCAGGAAGACAGUGCAGCAGCAGCAGCAGCUUCUGAGAAUUCGGAUUUGAUGGCUUCACAAAAACGCUCCUCUUUCCGGCAUGGUUCCAAACUUGCAACUGCAAGUACCAUAGACCAUGCUAGACAUGGAUCUCCACGAAGAUACAGGGAACCAAGUCUACUUGAUUCAUUGGGCAGAUUCUUUGGCGGUGACAAGCAUUAUCCAAGGCGGGGCAAGGACUAUCACCAUGCCUCCAGAGUAGGCCACGUAAGUUCUCUGCCUCAUCCAAGAUCUUACCAUGGACGCUAUGUGGAUGAAAACCCAGUAGUCCACUUCUUCAGGAACAUUGUGUCACCCAGAACAACACCUCCUCUUCAGGCAAAAGGGAGAGGAUUAUCCUUCAGCAGAUUUAGCUGGGGUGGCGAAACUCACAGGCCUGGAUAUGGAAGUGGCAAAUUCUAUGAGCACAAAUAUGCUCACAAGGGGCACAAAGGAUAUCGCUAUGAUGGCCAGGGCACACUGUCUAAAUUGUUUAGACUGGGAAGCUCCGGUUCCCGACCUGGUUCCAGGUCUGGCUCCCCUGUUGCUAGGCGCUGAAACACUUAAGAUGUCACUAAAAGGCUACAUUCUCUGCUUCAUAACAUAGCUACCCCAAGGAUUAAUAACAAAUUGCCGAAUUCCUUAGAUAAAAAAAACCACACAAUCUAUUUGUUAAUGUCAGUUGAGUUAUGCAUGCAGUAGGAAUAUGCAAAACUAUAUUGGCAAAUGCUGACCAAGAGUUGAAAAAUCAACAACAAAAGCCUCCCAGAUUUGCAAGGUAGCUUUCGGUCAGCAUUAUUUAGGAAAAAUAACAAAAUCCCCCAUCUUAUUCCUUCUUCUUCAAGGUGCUCCCCAAGAAAUAUAAAGUGUUAAUUUUUCAGGAACAUGCAACAUUAAUUCCCUUUCAGAUUUCUUUUUCACUAACCUUUAAUCACAUAAAAUAUAACCCCGUCUAAAUUAAUGCGGUCAUUAACGAAAUUUUUGAGAUCUUUGCUGUAAACAAACAAUAAUAAUAAAAAAAAACCACGUGCAGAAUGUUGUAAGGGCUGUUUAUCCAAUGUUUUGAUUUGGCUUUGAUUUAUUAUUUUUAUUUGCUUUUAUUUUGUAUCCCUUUUCUCUCACACCUUUUGUUUUUCUUUUCCUAACUGGAUUAGGCAGUCAUGGAAAGGUAUAUUACAUUGGGAGUACAAGGUAUGUUGUGAUGUGGGAGAAGGCAGCUGUGAAUGUUUCAAUGGAUCCAGGCAAUGGUUAUGAAGAAGGAUUAUACAACUUCUUAGCAACUUCUUGUGCAUAACCAAUUGCUUGUCACUGCCAACAUAUUGGGAAAUAAGAGUGGUUGGGAGAGAGGCAUGAAGAUAUCAAACUUGAAUUAGAGUAGUAUAAUAAUGAUAGCAAUAAGGAAUAAUCCCAAAGAACAAAAAAACACCUAGACUUAGAUAUGUGAAGCGUGGGCUUGCUGCAAAGUAAACUUUUUUGCAGCGAAUUGUUUUUUUAAAAAAAGUCUAAAGUUUUUAAUUCCAGAAAGCCCUUUGGUGAUGAAGUUCCAGAUUGUAACUGCACACAUAGUUAGUAGUUGUAGUUGUCUUGUUACUGCAGCAGAGUUAAACAAGCAGUGAACCAAAAUAAGAUAGACUUGUGUCACUGCAGGUAAUGGACAUUAGCACUAACAACUAGAGGUAAAAAUAUUAACAGAUCAUAUAUGAAGAUAUACGCAUGUGGGAAUGGGUUUGCCCCUCUACAUGAAGAAAAAUGCUCUUCUGAAUUGCACUAUUUUAAAAAUAUAAAACCUGUUUUGUUGCUUGCGGCCUUCUUUUACUCUUGCAAAGUUUUGUUUGAGCUUAUAUGUUGUAGAAUACAUUUAGGCCCAAGCCGGCAUCUACCUUAAGCUAUGCUUUAAAAAAAAAUACCAUAAUAUUAGAACUUAUUGACACUUAAUGCCACAUGGCAUGCAGAGAUACUGUGGCUGAUAGUUCUCCUUAAUCUACCAUAGGUUUUAAGUAACAGUCUUAAUAUGCAGUAAUGAAAGAUGAGAGAGUAGAAAAAUACAGAAGCUAAACAAAACCAAAUACCAAAACCAAUAAACAACAUGAGCAUGCACCUACACACAAAUACAUACAUCCCUCUAUUACAUCUUCUUUCAAAAUGUUACUGGCUAUGUGUAUUUUUCUAUGUGUAGCCUCGUCCCGUUGUGUAUCCACAACGUAAUAGUGAGUUUCAUUUAAGUGUAUUGUUUUAAAGUGUACGAGUACAACUCCUGGAAAAAAAAUAAAAUACUCAACUUUUAA